AUGGACACCAUUCUUUUCGUAGCCUUUAAUCAAGUAAUGCGAGGACAACAACCUGUCAGUAGUCUCAGUACUGUCUUCGAAAGUUUAACUACCAAUGAAAUUGAUACCAAUACGAUGAAAGAAACGAUGCUGGAUGUCAUAUGGUACCUUGAUUCAACAAUCUUGGAUGGUCAACAUAACACUAGCGACUUGAGAAAUAAACUUGCAACUAUUGCUAGAUAUAUUUUUGAUAAUCACAUAGUUGAUGCAAAGUUAAUAAAAACUCGGCUUGAUGUUUCACUAUUACACAAUGCUGGUCUUGUGGAUGAAUUUAAUUUUAACAAAAGAGCAGUUCGGAUCAACACUGCAAUACUAUACAAACAACAAAAGUACAACUUAAUGCGUGAAGAAUCCGAAGGGUACUCAAAAAUUGUUUGUGAACUGGCAUCAAAUUGCGAUCCCACCUUUACUGAUGAAAAUGAGAACGAUCGGAAUCAACGUGCAAACAGUUUACUUGAAUUAAUAAAGACAUUAAUAGGAUAUUUUCAUCUUGAUCCUAACAGAGUAUUAGACUUAAUACUUGAUGUCUUUGUUGUGCAUGUGAGAUCUCACCAUGCUUUUUUACUUCGUCUCUUGGAAUUAUCACCUUGGCAACCUUCUUCUUCAGCCGUUAUUGCAACAGCAUCAUCCACCAUUCAUGAAAUUAAAGAAGAUCAUUGGGAAAAUGAUCCCGGAAAUUCUUCUUGUGCUCAUCUACUUGGAUCAAAAUUCAAAUAUUAUCAAGUAAGCUUCACCACAACUGCUGGGGAUAAUGUUUUUCCUUCUUUAUAUGAAGUUUCAGCUUUGCUAAUUCAAAAAGGUUUCGUGCAAAUCAUUGAUCUUUAUCCUCACAUAAUAACGAAGGAUACAAGAGUGCAUGAAAUAGGAUUAGCAAAUGCUCUUCUUAGCAUUGGUGAUUUCUACCACGCUAAAUUCAUACUUUACCGAUUGGACACAAUACCUCAAUCACUUGCAAAGCCAUUGUGUGACAUUAUACAUGUUUCUAUUGUUGACAUACACAACUUGAUUGCCCCUCCUAUACCAAAACAGAAACCUCCUCCCUCCUUAUCUGGCUCAUGGUAUGGUCUUUGGCAUGAAGGUAUUCCAAAAUUCCAAUCAAAAGAUGAUAUUAUUACCGAAAGUGGUCGCGAACUCUUAAACCUUGCUUCACCUUGGCUAGGAAGUAAUAUUAUUUUAUUUUGUAAACUCUUAAGAAUAGCUCAUGCACAUCUAAAAGAGUCAGAGAAAGGGCCUAAUAGAAAGAUUGUUGAAAAUGCAUGGCAUGAUAUCAUACGAUCAGUUUUUCUACCCAGUGUUUCAUUACUAGUCACAAAUCCUGGUGUAGUUAACGAUUUUUGGCAACUGUUGAAUUAUUAUCCAUACGAAAUAAGAUAUGGUCUUUAUGGUGAAUGGAAAGAUAUGAAAACGAUCAAAGAUAAGAAACCUCAUCCUGCUCUAACCACUAGAGUCAAUGAAGUGAAACGUAAGACAAAGGGUAUCAUGAAAAGGAUAACUGAAGAAAAUUAUCGUCAAAAAGGUCGUGAAAUUGCUAAGGUGUCUCAUUCUAAUCCAAUAGUUGUAUUUGACAUAGUAUUAUAUCAAGUUCAAGCCUACCCAAAUCUAAUUAACCCAAUGGUGGAGGCCUGUAAAUAUUUGACUCCAUUGAGUUAUGAUGUCUUGACUUAUUUAAUUCUUUCGAUUUUGGCUGAUAAAAAAGACAAAAUCAAAGAUGAUAAAUUAAAUGUUAGCGAUUGGCUACAACAUUUGGCUCAAUUUUGUGGUAACAUUUGUCGUAAAUACAACACAAUGGAUCUAAAAAGUAUACUACAAUAUGUAGUAAAUCAACUUAAAUGCAACGAACCAAAAGAUUUAAUAGUUCUCUCGCAGCUAAUAUCUACAAUGUCUGGAAUUGAACCCACUGGGAUACCAUCGGAUAUGGAAGUCACAUUGAUGGGUGGUGGUGAGCAUCUCAGAAACAUAAAGUUGUAUAAUCGUACCAUUGAAAAAAAUACUCGUCGUAGUUCUGCAAGACUUGCCAAGACACUGAUUGAGGCUGGCUUGACAGUGUCGAUAGCUGUACUGAUCGCUCAACUAACUCAAGUGGUGCCAUACAGUUCAGUACUCACCGAUUUUACAGAGACUUCAGCUGAUCUUAAAAUAGCUGGUCAUCAGAUUGAUAAUUAUCGAAGCAUAUACAUUCAGUAUAUUGAUUUUCUUGCACUGAAUAUUAGAAGCGAAGAGUACAGUAAUAUGAUACCAUUGAUAGUUGAAUUAUGUACUGAAUAUGAUUUACAACCUGAAUUUGCCUUCAGUAUACUACGACCAAAAUUAAAAUAUAUGAUCAAGCAACAAAGUUCAUUGGAUCAAAUGGAAGUUGAUGGAGAACCAAAUGUAUGGGAGCCUUCAUUAAGAGAUUUUAUUAAAGAAGUAAAAGAAAUACAUCCACCACAUGUGUGGACUGGCAUAAGUCCAACUUUUUACACAACUUUCUGGCAACUUUCUUUAUAUGACAUAGAAUGCCCCAAUGAUGAAUAUAUAAAAUCAAAAAAUGAAACAAUUGCAUUAUCUAGUGAUAAAAGACCCAGAGAUAAAGAUAAACUUUUAUCAAUGGCUAAAUCAUUAGAUUCUGAACGUAAAGCACAUUUAGAUCAUGUUGAAAAUAUAAGGCAACGUUUAAAGAGAGAAAAAGAUCAUUGGUUUUCCGGUCAAUUUUCUAAUCGGCAAGAUAUCAUUACACAAUUCUGGCAAUAUUGUCUAUUCCCACGUUUACUGUUAUCAGCUGACAAUGCAAUAUUUGCAGAUCAAGUACAACCAAUAACUUUCACUUGUACUGAGACAGAAGCUCGUAAUUAUGGUCGAUUCCUACACACAGUUUUGAAAUAUUUGAGUUCUUUACAUAGAGAUCAAAAAUCAUAUGAGGCCUAUGGUAAAGGAAAAGGUAUUCCUGGUUUCCAAAUGAAAUGGAGUUCACAGGUUCGACAACCAACUAAUAUUGCAGAAACCGAUUUACUUCAAUACGAAGAUUUUAGACGUGUUUUUUAUAAAUGGCAUUCAAAACUUUUGAAGGCUUUUGAACAAUGUCUAACUUCUGAAGAAUAUAUAUCACUCCGGAAUGCAAUGAUUGUUCUGAAUCAUAUUGUUGCGCAUUUUCCAGCUGUUGAAACUAUUGGCAAAAAAAUUACUAGUUUUAUUGAAAAUAUAGUUCAACAUGAAGAAAGUCCUGAUAAUUAUAAUCAAAGACCAGAUAUCAAAAUACUGGCAAAAAGUUAUUUAGGAAAGUUGUCUGUGGCAAAAAAAUCAUGGUUGCCAAUGAAACAGUUUCAAACGCCAAAACAAACUGCUAAUAACAUUACAAAUGGCAACAUUAACAACGUAAAUGCCAACGCCAACAAUUCUACAUCUACAUCUGCAACUGCAACAUCUCCUAAUCAUAAUGCCAAUAGUAGUAGUAGUAAUGCAAAUGUUUCAACUCCAAAAUCAAUUCAUGGAGAUCAUCCACAUAGCUCAUUGAAUUCUCCAAAUGCUGGGACAUCAAGAUCAAGUCCUCUAAUUAUGCAACACACUUCACAUUCAUCACCUCGUGCACCUAACAGUAGAACUGAUAGUCCUCGUCGACAAAUUCAUCCUUUACCUGAUAAACCAAAGCAAAAGGAACGUGAAAAGGAACGUGAAAGAGAUCGUGCUGAUCGCGAUAGAGAUCGUGCCAGAGAGAAAAAAGGUGAAACAUAUAGUGACCGAGAAAAAGAUAAAGAUAUAGUUAAAAAGAUUGAUCAUCAUGAUCGGGAAAAAGACUUAAAAAAGAAUAACAACGAUUACCAUGAACGUGAGAAAGAAAGGACAAGGGAAAUUAAAGAUAGGAUGAAACAACCAGAAAUGUCACGAAGUGAAGUCGAAAAAAAAGAUAGAGAAUUACAGAAAUCUGGUAAAGAUCGUACGAUGAUUGAUGAUCGUAGCAAAAGGAUGGAGCAUCAUCAACAACGUAUUAAAGAUCGUGAUAUAAGAGAUCAUGAUAGAAUGAAGGAUAAAGAAAGGGAUAAUAAACGUGAGGAUAAUAGACGCGAAGAUAAAAAAGAUAAAAAUAAGGAGAGAGAGCGUAGUAGAGAUCCAGAAAGAGAGAGGGAACGUAUUCGGGAGGAAGAUAGGGAAAGGGAGAGGAUACAGGAUAGAGAACGUCAUCGUGCUGAUCAAGGUCGAAGACGUCAUCUUGAUGAACCCAAUCCAAGACGUGGUAGAAAGAUAUAUUCCGAUUAUGACAUGCAAGAGCGUAUCCCUAGAGACGAAAGAGAAAUGAUGGCAAUGAGUAUGAGAGAUGAUCGAGAUCGUAAAAGAGUUUUUGAACGUGACGAUGACCCAGAUAUCAUGUUAAAAAAGCCUAAAAUUAAUCAAGAAGGUAUGCCACCUCCUAAUAUGAUGGGACCUAGUAGGGGACCAGUAAAAUUAAAUCGUACUGUGGAACAUAUUAAUGAAUUAUUACAACCACUUCCAGGUCCAGCUCCAAGCGUAGGGAAUAUUGGUAAAAGAGGCGGCAGCGAAAAAUACAGAAGAAGAAAUAAUAACAACUAUAAUUAA